GGGUCCUUCCAUCAGAUGGGUGUGCCACCAAACGGCCCCUGGUACUCUCUUCUGAUUGUCAGAAUAAUCAUAACACAUAUUUAUUUAUUUAUUUAUUUGGGGGAUUAAUGUUUUACAGUUGACAGUAAAUAGUGUGUACAUGCAUUAAUGAACAUUUCUCAUCAUUUUUCCACACAACAAUACAAUCCCCACUAGGUCCUCUACUAUCCUCAUAUUUUUAAAUAGAAAAAAAAAUACAUCGUGACUUCUACAACCCAACAGUAUAGCUUAAACCCCACUGUCGGAGCCCAGAGAUGGGCAGGUUUGAGUUUGCAGGGAGGAGACCUCUGAAUCGCCCACCCACCCCAGGCCUGCCUCCUAAAGUAAUCCUGCUGUAAAGACGGGGGAAGCCCCAAGCCAAAGCUUCCCAAAGACCCCUCCCUCUCCUGCCCCAAACCCGCCCACAUCCCAAAGGGCACAAAGCCGGCCUCCAGCUCCUCGCAGCCGGCACUUCGCAAAGCUUGGUCCCGGCACAUUUCCGGCUCGGGAGGCGCGGAGGGUGAGCACUGCGCCUGCGCAGGCUGCGGGCAGCCCCCCCCCCCCCCCCGGAUCCCCCGGUCCCCCCGCAGCUGCGACUUGGUACAGCCGGGCGGCCGGCGUGCUCCGGGAUCCGGCCAGGGGCGGGCUUUUCAAAUCAAAUCCAGCCUUUGUCGCGGUCCCGGCCUUGGCAUCGCUGGCUUUGGAGAUGGACGAGCAGACCCUGAAGGGUCGCCAGCUCUGCUUGGCAGGACUUUCCUCCCAGGUGGACUGCAGCCUUCAAGAAAAAAUAAAUUUAGAAACUCGAAUGCGAGAAGGUAUACGGAAACUCCUUUCUUUGAGCACCCAGAAAGACCAGAUUUUGCUUGCAGUUAAGAAUCUUCUGGUUUGCAAUGCUCGGAUUAUGGCUUAUACAUUGGAACUACAGAGAUUGGAGGAGCAGACUGCAAAUCAGACAGGAGGAUGUGAUGUGGAGUUUGGAAGUAAAGAACGAACAGCAUGUAAAGGAAAGGUUGCUUUAUCAGAUAUUCGAAUACCAUUAAUGUGGAAGGAUUCUGAUCACUUCAGCAAUAAAGAAGGGUCACAGCGUUAUGCCAUUUUUUGUAUAUUCAGAUUGGGAACUGAAGUUUUUGAUAGUGACAUGGUGAUUGUGGAUAAAACAGUCACAGAUAUCUGCUUUGAAAAUGUAACCCUAUUUGAAGCGGGGCCAGACUUUCAGAUAAAUGUGGAAAUAUAUAGUUGUUGUGCAGAAGAAUCUUCUAUAAUUAACACAUCAAGAAAAUUAGCUAAGAAACUUAAGACAUCUAUAAGCAAAGCUACGGGAAAGAAAAUAAACCCAGUACUUCAAGAAGAUCCUGAAAUGUGCUUGCCCUUAAGUUCUACUGUUCCUGGCACAAAUUAUCAUUUGCUGGCUUACACCACCUUGACCCUGGAAAGUGCUGAGGAUAGUUUCAAGACCCAUAACCUGUCAACUAAUGGAAAUGAGGAGUCUUCAUUUUGGAUUCCCUUAUAUGGAAACAUGUGCUGUCGGUUAGUUGCCCAGCCAGUUUGUAUGACUGAAGAUGUAUUUGCAGGAUUUCUUAAUCAGCAGCAAAUGAUAGAUGGUCUGAUUAGUUGGAGAAGGUUAUAUUGUGUUUUGAGAGGGAGUAAACUCUAUUGUUUUUACACUCCAGAAGAAAUUGCAGCGAAAGUGGAACCAGCCUUGAUAGUAUCCAUUAACAAGGACACCAGAAUACGAACAGUGGAUAAAGAUGCCAAGAGAAACACCCAUAAGUUCUCUGUCGUUAAUCCUGUUCCUGGACAGAGCGUGGCUCAUGUUUUUACAGUUGAUAAUAGGGAAGAUAUUGAGAAAUGGAUGGAAGCCUUCUGGCAACAUAUCUUUGAUCUCAGCCAGUGGAAGCAUUGUUGUGCAGAACUUAUGAAAAUUGAGAUUAUGUCACCACGGAAACCACCUUUGUUCUUGACAAAAGAGGCGACUUCAGUCUACCAUGAUAUGAGCAUUGAUUCACCUGUGAAACUUGAAAGUGUAACAGAUAUAAUACAAAAAAAAAUUGAAGAGACAAAUGGGCAGUUUCUUUCUAGUCAGUAUGAAGAAUCCUCACCGCCUCCUUGGGCCGCACUCUUUGAUGGUAGUCAUCAAGCAGUCAUCCAGAAAAAGAUAAUAUCUCCUGGAAGCGAGCAGUUACAUGAGGGGAAAGGGAAAAAGAGACGAGCUCCCCUUCCUCCGCCUGAUAAAGCACCUUUCAACAUAAAAACACAGAGCAACAAAGAUCCAUUGGCUAAAGACAACUGGGAAAAAACAAAUGUAUCACAGAUAUCGCCUUUGGAUACCAAAUUAUCAAUCCUAAUGCAUCACUUACAGAAACCAUUGGCUAUGCCUCAAAAGCUUCUUCCUGCUAGGAAUAACAGUUUAACCGAUGGUGAACACAAAGACACUAAAACCAAUUUUGAAGCCAAGCCAGUGGCAGCUCCAAGGCAGAAAUCUAUCAAAGACAUUUUAGACCCUAGAUCUUGGUUGCAAGCACAAGUAUAGAAAAUCUUUAAUAUAGGAAACGUCAAACAAAAUUUUUAUCUGUGAGGUUUAAUUCAGAGUGACCACAAACAUAGUAACGUAAUUCUGUAGGUAAAUAUAGUAGUGAUUUGCAUCCAGCAUUAAUACAUAAGCCGUGGGGUAUAAAAUGUCUUACAGUGAAAAAAUGAACUUCUGUUUUACUUUUGGUUUUCAAAAUUUAAGUGAUUUCCCCAGCAGUGCUAAAGAGGCAAUUUCUCAACAAUGUCCUAAUUGUUGGAAGGGUUAUUUAUUCCUAAGUCAGCACCAGACAGUGAACAAGCAAUAGGAAAAAGAAAGAACUAAAAUUUCCCUGGGGGAGAGACUGUCUAGUUAUUUAAAAUGUGUUAAAUAUGAGCCAUAUUCUCAUUGUGAGAAUUUUAAUACUAAUGGAAUGUUUCAGAAGUUUUAUUCAAACCACAAAUUAGAGAACCCACCCGAAAAAAAAAAAAUUUCUCCGUAGCAUUCUGGAAUUCUCAGCUAUUGGUUCACUAGCUCUCAUCUGUUGUUCGACUUUAUUAGUGAACUGAAUGACCUUUUAAAUUCCAAGCAUACAUUUUGGAAUUUCAAACUCUUCAUCUUUAAAGGGAAUUUCUGAUGUGCUACUCAAAGUUGUUUCCUUGAUGGGUGCUUAAAUCCUGUUGGCAUUGAUUCUUACAAGGGAAGCUUAAUGUUUGUUAAUGCGGGGGGGGGGGGGGUGUAGAUGAAGUGUUCUCCCUUUUUUUUUUAAUAUGUAGUGCUAAUUUCUGUUAUGACACUGAAAUUUGGAGAAGUGAGUAUCUGAUUAACACUUUAAAAUCCACUUAAGACUUCUUUGAAAAGCAGAUGGCAGAUUUAAAAAAAAAAACAUAAAAUUUGGCUAUGGUUAUAUUUCAAGAUAAUGCUUUAAAAAUUUUAAAUUAGAUUUCCUUUUCUCUACCAAGGGAUUGAUGUCUGCUAUUAAUAAUAUUCAUAAAAAGUCAUAUUCUUAUAACAUGACAUUAGAAUCAUUUCCAUAGGAGGUAAUUUCCAUGACAACUAGUCAUAGUGACCCAAAUAGGAUUAUGAAAUAAAGUGAGGGAUAAAAAACAAGAAGAUGGAAUACCUUAAUGGAACAAAAGAUACAUUCUUUUUAAUAUAUAAAAAUGCUUUUUUUGUAAACAAGAAGUGAACAGUUUUAAAUUCUAAUAAGAAUUUUCAAAUAAAGAGUUUCCAUCAGGUGUUAACAACAGCACUAAACAUCUCAAACCACACUUGAAAUAUCAUGGCAGAAAAUAAAAAUAAAAGAGAUAAAUGACUGCCCUGUACAUAAUUUCUAGAGAUCUCUUGAAAGCUUUUAAGAACUCUGUUUGGAUCAGAGUGGCAUUAUUAAAAGUGAAAUGAACCCUGGACAUACAUAUAUGUAUGUAUGUAUAUAUAAUUAGCUUAAAUGGAACUUUUUGUUAUUUUUAGAUAGCAGCCUUUUUCCCCCAUGUAUAUAGAAUGACGUAACUGCCAGGUUACUUUUGUGUUUUCCCAGGACUCCUAGUAAGAAUUGGGGCUCUGGGGACCUAUGAUACAAAGGUCUCUGUGCUUGGCAGCGCCAGGAUAGACAGUAUUUGAUGAGUAGGAACUCCUCUGUUCUUGCCAAUAACUUCAGACAUAUGUGUCUAAAAGCUGGGCAUGAGGGGAAAAAAAGGAUUAAUUUCUUUCUCCUAACUAGAAAUCAGUCUCUUGUAAAUUUUUUGUGGUCGCCAAUUUAAUAAAUGGAAUAUUAAAAAUCUAAAGAAUAGAACGAUCGUAAUUUGUCUGUUUCUUUAACUCCCCUGCUCUUUUGACAGCACUUGUUACUUUCAUUGUCCUUUAAUUUGAAAGUUAGAUGAGGCCGCAGGCAGAAUUGUUGCUGAAACUGGUAUCUAGCCUCCGUUUUUGUUUGUGUAGUUUGAAACUUUAUAACAAGCCCAUAUUAACACUCCAACUUAAAUUCUUUUCACUGUUCUUUAAUGAGUAUUCUUAAGGUAUAUAAGAAAGAGAAUUUACAGCAAAACUACCUAGCAGCUGUGCCCUCAGCGGGGCACAUUAAACAGACCUGAAGUGAACUGACCUGAAGUAGUUCACUUCCUUAAUCUACUGCUGUGCCAUAUGUAGGACUCAGGUUCCAGCCCAGCCCCCACUGCAUUGACAGAAGCUUUGAUGCUACGGGCUCCUGCACAGGCUCCUCUCUUCUUCUCUGUCUCAAUAAAACAAAUAAAUUUAUCUAUUUAUUUUUACCAGAGCACUGCUCAGCUCUGGCUUAUGGUGGUGCAGGGGACUGAACCUGGGACUUUGGAGCCUCAGGUACAAGAGUCUCUUUGCAUAACCAUUAUGCUCUCUAGCCCUGCCCUGUAGCCCUUUUGUUAGAACCAUUAACCUAGGGCUAUCUCUCCAAAAUUAUUGAUGCUUUUCUGGGGAUCUUUUUGCUUUUGUUAGAGAUAACAUAUUUCUGUGUUACAUAAUCAUCUUGUUUUUAUGUUGCUCUGAAACCUGUCUGGUUUUCUGCUGUACUUUCUGUGACAUUCUGCUUACUGUUAGUUUAUUUUGACCCCAAAGGGCUAACACAAAGUUGGUCCUCCUGCCUUUCUUUCUCCCCUUCUCUGUUCACCAUUUCUACCCUCCUUCCUCUCUACCCUUCCACCUUCCACCCUCCUUUCUCCCUUUACUUCCAAAGGAAAGAAACAUUCAUUUUUCUCAUUUUCUAAACGAAGUUUUUGACAGAAAAAUAGGCCUUCUAAUAGGAGAUUUCAUCUCUGUAUGAGCUGGCUUUCAUACUUCUUUUGUGUCCUUUUCUUUCUGGAUAUAGAAAGAUUGUCGACUGUCAGAUUGUGAUAAUAUAAUUGAGAAAUAACAAAAUAAUUGAUGUUUUAUGGAACUGUGAUAAUUCUGAUCUAAAGAUAAUGACAUAGACUAUAUUGCAUUUACAUUUCAAGUUCUUGGAUAUACAUUUCUUCCAAAGGUAUUAAGA